GAGCACCCCGCGAGUCCCUCCGUGGUCGGGAGCUCUCACCCCAAGAUCGUUCUCUCCCUCCUCCUCUAACUCCUCGGAGCCAAGGUCCGACAUGAUCCGGUCUCAGCCAGGAUCUCCGGAGCAGCGUCUCUAUCAAGCAGAGCUCAGUCCCCUGAUGGAAGGAACCCCGGUGGAAGGAAGAGGAGACAGGACCCAGUAGGAUACAUUUGCUGUUGCUCUCCAGGCUGUGUAAACUGCAGGGCCGUCAAAACGAAACAAUCAUAACCGGUUUCUGAAGAGUCUGAUUCUGGGACCAGAGCCCUGAGGUCAGGGGUGCCGUAAAUGGCUCGACUCCCCUUGGGCAUCCGCUUCAUCAUCUCCUUCUCCAGGGAUCAGUGGAAGCUUGGCUUUGCUGCUCCCCUGAAGAGACUUCAGGAGCUCAGCAGCCCUCCACAGCCUCCCACACAGUCUCAUUCCAUCCCGCUCGCUGGCCUCACACAACACCACUGGGCUCCCACCAGAAGGUCUCAGGGUACCGGGCCUUCAUUUUUAUGCUGACCUUCUUGCUCUAUGCAAGCUUCCACUUAUCCCGAAAGCCUAUCAGCAUAGUGAAGGGCGAGCUGCAUAAGCAGUGCGCUGCAGGGGACGAGCCUGAGCCCAGAUUCAGUGGCCCGAGCAGCAGUACCAGGCAUGGCCCCACCCACUGGAUCCUGGACAACGAGACCGACUGUGGCUGGGCCCCCUUCGAUAAGAACAACUACCAGCAGCUGCUCGGAGCCCUGGAUUACUCCUUCCUGUGUGCCUACGCCAUCGGGAUGUACCUGAGUGGCAUCAUAGGGGAGCGCCUGCCGAUUAGGUAUUACCUGACUUUUGGGAUGCUGGCCAGCGGUGCCUUCACAGCCCUGUUCGGCUUGGGCUAUUUCUACAACAUCCACAGCCUGGGAUUCUACGUGGUGACCCAGAUCAUUAAUGGACUGGUGCAGACCACAGGCUGGCCCAGCGUCGUCACCUGCCUCAGCAACUGGUUCGGAAAAGGAAGGAGAGGCCUGAUCAUGGGGAUCUGGAACUCCCACACCUCUGUGGGCAACAUCCUGGGCUCCUUGAUUGCCGGCUACUGGGUGUCCACGUGCUGGGGCCUGUCCUUCAUCGUGCCCGGGGCCAUCGUGGCUGCCAUGGGGAUAGUGUGCUUUCUCUUCCUCAUCGAACAUCCGAAGGACAUCAAGUGCUCCUCCACCGUGCCCACGCAUUCCAAAGUCUCCGAGAACGGCAUAAACAGAUUCAGACUGCAGAAGCAGACCACCACACACAGUGAAAAGAACGGCCCCCUGGACCCCGAGAUGCAGUGCCUACUGCUCUCUGACGGGAAGAGCCCCCUCCACCCGAGCCACGUCGUCGUCCUUCCGGGUGACAGCAGCAGCAGCAUGGCCGCCAUCAGCUUCACAGGAGCCCUGAGGAUCCCGGGCGUGAUCGAGUUCUCCCUGUGCUUGCUGUUCGCCAAGCUGGUCAGCUACACGUUCCUGUUCUGGCUCCCGCUGUACAUCACCAACGUGGAUCACCUGGACGCCAAGAAAGCCGGGGAGCUGUCCACUUUGUUUGACGUGGGCGGGAUCUUUGGCGGGAUUUUAGCAGGUGUGAUCUCCGACCGCCUGGAGAAGCGAGCCUCCACCUGCGGCCUGAUGCUUCUGCUGGCGGCGCCCACGCUCUAUGUGUUCUCCUCUGUCAGCAAAAUGGGCCUAGAAGCCACCAUAGCCAUGCUGCUCCUCAGCGGGGCCCUGGUCAGCGGGCCCUAUGCUCUGAUCACCACCGCCGUCUCUGCAGACCUGGGGACCCACAAGUGUCUGAAAGGGAACUCUCAUGCCCUGUCCACCGUGACGGCCAUCAUCGACGGCACCGGGUCUGUAGGAGCCGCCCUGGGCCCCCUGCUGGCGGGGCUCAUCUCCCCUUCAGGAUGGAGCAACGUGUUCUACAUGCUGAUGUUUGCAGACGCCUGUGCCUUACUGUUCCUGAUCCGCCUCAUACACAAGGAACUGAGCUGUCCGGGCCCAGCUACGGGGAUUCAGGCUCCGCUGAAGGAACACUGACCAUGGAGUCGUCUGGAGUGCCCGGGCCCAUCUUACAACACUGUCUUUGGAGAAAUGAAGGAUCCCGUCGUAAAAAGGACUCGCCUUUCCACACGCACCUGGGAGCGACCCGGAAGCUACCCUGACACUUGCUGGACAGACAGAGCUCAGGAGCUCAGGAUGGCAGUGGGGAAGUCAGCCCAGCUGCGUCCCGCUGCCUUAAUGGGCCUCGGGCAGGCGCACGCUGCCCUCUAGUCACUGAACUCUAGCCCGCGCAGCGACAGGGAGGACCGGCCAGCAGCACCCAGGCAGCCCACCCCUCUCAGGGACCCAGUGCAGAAAGUUAUAUAGCCUGUGAGCCCAAGCCACCCCGCUCUCCCGCUCCUUGGAUGCGAGGGGUGGAAGGAUAGGACGCGUCACGAUUGUCUCAGCUACCAACCGACAGCCUCUGAAUAGAAUGCCAGAGCCCCGGCCCCGGUCAGAAACCGAGGCGAAGACCCCUGCUCGCUACCCGCCGAGAUGUGAAUGGCUGUGAAGCAAUAAGCCCCCAACAAGACAGGGGCACCAGGAAGGCCAGUCCCAAUGCCCCGGCCUCGCUGUGCCCCCCUGAAGAACUGAGGGAGCACGGAGUCUGGGGAGGGGGCUUCAUUGGGUACCAGUAGCAAGGGACCCCACCCAGACACCUGGGCUGUUUCUACACCCACAGGGAUUAUUUAUUUUAAACGUAUGAUGUGUUCUACAGAUUCUAAGAGAUAUAAAUGGCGUUUUGUUAUUUAUUAAGACAAACUAUGAUUGUUCUGUGGCCAUUUGUCAUCUUGGUUGUAUCUGCUCUUUGAAAUAAAUGAGUUUUUAUUA